GAUUCUCCGCACAACCCAAACGGUUCUGGCAUCCUCACAUUAUGGCCACCGAACUUGCGCGCGCGCUACCAAAGCCGAAACAUGUCAGCUACGAGGAGCCUGCGCCUGCCUCGAGGGCUCCUCGUGUCGUUCCCGCCUCUUCGCUCGAAGGCCAGGUAGUUUUGAAAAAGACGAACAUCCCACCGUACGGAAGUCGUUCGAACUGGCGGCCGCGCAGUCAGGAAGACUUUGCCGAUGGAGGCGCAUACCCUGAGUGCCACGUUGCGCAGUACCCACUAGACAUGGGAAAGAAGAAAGUGACCACGGCUGGAGCGUUGGUACUCAAAUCAGACAAGUCGAUCGCGGAAACGAUUGCAAGACAGGGACACAAGGACUCCAGAAUCGUACAUUCUUCAUUCAAGGACUUGAUUCCGUUGAGGGCAAGAGCUGAUGCAGGAGAGAUUGAAUUGUCAAGACCGUCAGAAGAAGAAGUCGAAGCUACGAGGAGGAGAACGGAGGAGGCUCUGCAGGCACUGGUAAAUUCUGCAUCUGCAGCCCAGAAGCCAAAAUCGAUCAAGAAAGCAAACGAUGAGCCUACAUAUGUUCGGUACACGCCACACCAGGGGCAGAUGGGGAAACACAACGGGCCACAAAAUGACAGGAUCAUCAAAAUCGUGAACAGGCAGCAAGAUCCACUUGCACCACCCACUCACAAGAUUAAAAAGAUUCCUCGCGGACCGCCAUCGCCUCCUGCUCCAGUGAUGCACUCACCGCCACGCAAGGUUACACGCGAGGAAGCCGAGCAGUGGAGAAUUCCUCCAAGCAUAUCGAACUGGAAGAAUCACAAGGGUUAUACCAUCGCUCUUGACAAACGAUUGGCUGCGAACGGGCGCGGUCUCGAGGAUAACACGAUCAACAACAAGUUCGCCGAUUUCGCGGAGGCACUGUACACAGCGGAUAGGCUCGCACGAGAGGAAGUCAAGCAACGUGCACAAAUGCAGCAGAAGCUUGCCGAAAGGGAAGAAGAACGAAAGGCAGAAAAUUUGAGGCAGCUCGCUCAGAGAGCACGAGAAGAGAAAGCGGCUGCCGCAGCAUCGAGACGGUCACGAUCACGAUCACACAGUCAAGCUAGGAGACGGGGUAGCAAGUCUUCCGGCUAUUCUUCAAAUAGCGAAGAUAGUGAGUUGGAUUCGGAAGAAGAGCGCGUACGCGAGCGCGAAAGGGCACGUCGCGAACGCCGGCGUGAGAAUGAGCGUGAACUUCGACAACAGCACAUGGGCGCGGAGCGAAGAGUGCAGAUGAUGGCCCGUGAAGCAGGACGAGACAUCUCUGAGAAAAUCGCUCUGGGGCUUGCCAAACCUACCGUCUCCGGCGAAGCGCUGUAUGAUUCGCGGUUAUUCAACCAAUCCUCUGGUUUCGCGGCGGGAUUCAACGAAGACCAGAUGUAUGACAAGCCCCUGUUCCAAGCUCAAGAUGCUCUGAGUGCUUUGUACAAACCAGGUUCUGCUCAGCAAGAUGACGGCGAGGAUGAAGGGCAAACGUACGAAAGGAUCACGAAGACCAAGAGAUUUGAGGGUUUCAGUGGAGCCGCGGCGGGAGAGGAGAGAGAGGGUCCCGUGGUAUUCGAGAAGGAGGUGGCAAGACCUAGCGCUGGAGGGAAGCACAAUGCCGGAGACGAUCCGUUCCAGAUCGGACAGAUGAUCAGUGACGUUACUGGCGGUGGCGGUAAGAAGAGAUACGGUCUUCAAGAUGAUGAGGACCGUGAGGAGAAGGGCAGAUCGAAGAGAGCGAGGGUGGACAGUGAUGAAGAAUGAGGAGCCGUGUAACACUUUUGUAGAAAUAUGACAAUCAUUGAAGUCAAAUGGUCCAGAGAGGACCUGAAAGAUUUGACAGCGGGCGGGAUGCUUUAAUCGUAAGAGUCCAACAGAGAGUAUUUGGAAGAGUUGGAGCAUAUAGCCACAGACACUAGGAACCUGGCAUAUCAGCAAGCACAACAUACGCAGGACGUGGGUCAGGAGAGACAGGCCUAGGUUGAAAAGCAUUGGUGAGGGAGAGUGCAGUUAUUCGGUCGUCGAUUUUGUUUGUCACAUGAAGACAAGAGCACAGCGUGCUUUCAAAGGAACCAUUUGUUCAACGCUCUUUUGCGGCUCUGGAAGGAAACACAAACAUUUUUC